CAAUGUAGAAAAUAGUAAAAAAUAAAUAAAGAUAAACCCUUGAAUGAGGAGGUGUGUCCAAACGUUUGACUGGUACUGUAUGCAUAUACAUACAUUAUAUGUAUAUAUAUUUAUAGUCCAGUCUCUGACAUUGCUCAUCCUGAUAUUUCUUAAUUUUUCUGGAUUAUGUGUGUAGGAGGCCUAUUGUGUUUUUAUUUUACAAUUUCUAUUGCUAGGUAUUACUGCACUGUUGGAGCUAGAAACACAAUAUUUUCGCUGUACCUGCGAUAACAUUUCCAAAUCUGUGUACACGACCAAUAUAAUUUGUUUUGAUUUUAAUUUGAUUUGAAUAAUUCCUGAACACAAAAAUAUGAACUCUUAUACAUCCAUUUGUCCCCACCUGGUGUUCACAACAUGUAAACUUUGGAUAGGCUUUGCGGCCACAGCAAGAACAACGCAUUUGUUUUGGGUUCCACUGUGAUUUUGUAUCACUUCUCUUUGUAUGACACAUACAGGCUAUAGUAGCAGGCCUAUGGAAAGUCCCUGAGUGGGGACAAUGAGUAAUAUCCGUAGUGGGUGUUGGUGGAAAAAGUGUAGCAGUAUGGCAAUAAAUUGAGUAAGCAUUCCUAUAAGAAGUUGUUAGCACUAAAAUGGUUGAAAGCAUUGGACAUUAGCUGAAUCAUGCAUUGGAAGCAAAUGGGAUUUGCGCGUAAAUUCACAUUACAGCGGAUUUCAAAUUGAUUGCUUAGCCUAGCCUAAAUGUUGAUAAAAUAUAGAGUGAACUGAAGUCUGUAUUAAAUGGCUUAUAACAGGGACAGAAUGUGUUAAUAUUGUCACCGCUAUGAGUGCCAUGACAGGGACGAAUAGACGAUGUGCGGUGAUCCAUGAUAAAUAGAUCCCUCCCUUCUGGAUGAAAGCAGUGAGUGAAUGACAGAAUCAUAACAGAAACAGUUAGAUUGAAAACACUACUUUCUUCAAAAGGAACAGAAUCGUCUCGAAUCAGCAAGGGGCAUUCAUCAUGGGGAAGCUAUGUGAGCUGGCCUUUGUGUCUCUGGCCCUCCUAGCUCUACUUCAUACUGACUCUACAUGGGCCAAGAGAAGUGUCAGCAGUAGUAGCAGCAAAAAGUCUUCAUCCAACAACAGGGGUUCAGAAAAAAAGCCAUCAAACACGCAGACAGGAAGCUACCCCAGACAACCACAGAGCCCCAACAGGAACCCCAACUCAUACCCAGCAGGAGGUAGUUAUCCAGGGAGAGGUACCAAUCAGAACCAGAACCCAGCCGGUGGAUACCCUGCUGCAGGUGGAUACCCUGCUGCAGGUGGCUAUCCUGCUGCAGGCGGCUAUCCUGCUGCAGGUGGCUAUCCUGCUGCAGGUGGCUAUCCAAACCAGCAGUAUCCAGGCAGAGCCAAUCCUGGGGGAUAUCCAAACCAGAACCCUGCAGCUGGAGGUUACCCAGCCGCUGGUGGCUAUCCUGCAGCAGGUGGCUAUCCCAACCAGCAGUAUCCAGGCAGAGCCAAUCCUGGGGGAUAUCCAAACCAGAACCCUGUAGCUGGAGGAUACCCAGCUGCUGGUGGCUAUCCCAACCAGCAGUAUCCAGGCCGGGCAAAUCCUGGGGGUUAUCCAAACCAGAAUCCAGCAGCGGGUGGUUACCCUGCAGCAGGAGGCUACCCCAACCAGAACCCAGGGAGAGGAGGAGUCAAUCCGGGAUACCCAGCUGGAGGUUACCCAGUAAGAGGGGGAAAUACUGGCUGGGGGCAGGCAGGGGGCUACCCUGGUAGAGGGAUGGGAGGAGGUUACCAACCCAACUGGAACCCAAACAAUAAGAUCCUCAGUCCCCGCUAUGGUUAUGGAGGUGGGCAUGGGGGUAUGGGAGGUGGCUCUCCAUUCUCACGCUCAGUUCAGAAUAUGGGGCACUACCCAUCUACUCAGUCCAAGGGCUUUGCUAAGAAGGCUCUUAUGGCCGCAGGGGUUGGGGCCGUGGCAGGUAUGGCAGUAGGCUAUGGCCUUGGGCGUUUCCCCCGCCCACAUUUCAACUUCCGCAACCCUCAGGAGGAGCAGUCCUACAACAACUACAUGUACAGCAAAUACGGUGAACGCUCCACAGAUGAAAACGACUAUGGCCGGGACUAUACCUACAAAAUACCACCGCGGGCAGAGUCCUACGACAGCUUCAUGGAUACCUGCAUGAAGAGGAACGACCUUCUGCAGGAUCAGGGCAGCGACUCCCAGGCCACACCUAACAACCAGAGGAACAACCCCCAGGAAGCCAACAGCCAGAGCCUGCCCAUCACUCCUGAGGUGGGCAACAGCAGUCCAGCUAGCAACCAGGAGGGAACAGACACAGUGAAGCCCCUCACCUCAGCCCCUGUGGAGAUAGCUGGAGAGGAUACGGGUAAGGAGGAGGAUGUCGGCCUCACAGUGAGCAUUGAGGAGAUUGGCUACCCUGCAUUGGUGGAGCAGCUGAAGAACCGUAAGUGUGUGGAGCUGUACAUGAACUACUCUGAGCGUUUCCUGGAGAAGCAGACAGCUGAACGUAGCAGCGACAGCAACAACAACAACAACAACAAGUAUGAGAACAGUCGCAGUAACCUCCUUAGCCAGGGGCUGGUACAGCUGAUAACCACCUUCCUCAUGGUCCUGAGCAGCACUCUUCUGCUGCAGUAAGACAGGAACACAUAGCCAUGUCCCAGUUGUAUGGAAUAGCUUAAUUUCCUAGUCACCCCUCCUCAAUAUGCCACUGAUUUCUUGUGAGUAUAGGUUAAUUAAACAAGGUGUAGGUGGAGAUAUAACCAAUCCUUUAACUAAUCUGUGGUCAUGAAGGAAAGGGGACAAGGAAAGGAAGCCAGUGGAAAAUAACUUCCAGUGAACUUAAAAAUAUGUACUGUAGGGGGUACUCGAGGACCGGAGUUGGGAACCACUGAUGUACAUGAUUCUUCACAUGGUAUUUGUACUUUAAGUGUUCGAUAUCUCAACACUAUUUCUAAAAUAAACCGAAACCAUCUGUCCUGCUUGUCUCUUACAGCUUAGUUCAGUCUACUGCUAAAUAUGGAAUAACAGCAUUUUGUCUAAGUCCAAAACCAUGAGUCAGUCGUGUAGACAAAGGGGAAGUAUAAAAGCAAAAGUAGCAAGUCUCAUCAGUACACCAUAUGACUUUAAUUAAAUGCAGAUACACUAGAUAAACAAACAUUAUUACAGCACUUUUUUGCCACCAUAUAAGGUACUAAAAUCAAAUCAAAUCAAAUUUUAUUUGUCACAUACACAUGGUUAGCAGAUGUUAAUGCAAGUGUAGCGAAAUGCUUGUGCUUCUAGUUCCGACAAUGCAGUGAUAACCAACAAGUAAUCUAACUAACAAUUCUAAAACUACUGUCUUAUACACAGUGUAAGGGGAUAAAGAAUAUGUACAUAAGGAUAUAUGAGUGAGUGAUGGUACAGAGCAGCAUACUAUCAUCCGAUUAGGGGUUCAGUGUCUUUUUGCCAAAGUGGUUCCACAGAAAGCACAGACAAGCAUUAUGUUGACCGUCUGUCAUAUUAAAUCCAUUUUAUUCAUGCAUUUCCGUGUGCGUUAUACAUUUUUGUUGUAGCCCUGGAUAAACAUAACAGAUUCAACUCAUUGAUGGCCUGAUGAUUAGUUGACAAGUUGAAACAGGUGUGCUUGUCCGGGGCUACAAUAAAAAUGUGUACUGUUGGGGCUAUUGGAGGACCGGAGUUUGGAACCACUGCUUUACAUAAUAGUUCACAUGAUAUUUGAAUUUGUACUCUAAAUGUUCGAUCUUAUGUGGUCUGCAGUAUUUGGUUUUAAAAGUUGCCUGUUUUGUAAAUACUUAUAAUAAUUAAGUAGGGAAUGGUCAGAGGUUUGUUAUUAAUCAAUCCCUAUUUCUGUUCCUAUUUUUCUUUUGUGCUCUCUUGUCCCAUCUCUCUACCUCCCCAUCUAGUCUUCCUCUCCAUGUCCUCAUGUCCCCUGGUUAUCAGAAGUGCACUUAUUUCUCUUGGCGAAUGGAUAUAAAUGACUCUUCUUUUUCCUUUUUUUUCAAGGAUGUAUUUAGUGAUUAACUCAUUUAUAUUGGUUUUAACAUAGAGAACAACAUGCAUUGUUUGAAUGUGUCUUUAAAAUAACCACUUUGUCAUGCUCGAACUCAAUAGGGAAUUUUACCAUUAACUUGCUGAAA